AUGCAUAGUCACUUUACAAAUUACCUCGACCAACCUGUCAGGAGACUCUACCCAGACACACUGGUGUGACAUCACUGUAUCACUGCCACCAACACUUCAUUAGAUCAAAUUGGGUAUACAUAUCAUCUUCCAUAGUGUAACCCCCGACCCCGGAGUCAUUUGAACAUAUGCACUUUGAGGGAUUUCCUUGGUACAGAAUCUUGCAAGAUCUUGUACGAUCCUGGUACUAGUAUCCGGCAAGAUCUUUCUAAGGAUGUUGUAGGAUCUUCCAAGAUCUUUGACCCUGGGUAAGAUUUCUGACAGGGUGUGUUUGUUCCUCUCCUUCCCAGUUUGGUCGUCUGGUGGACCUGUGCAACCCCAUCUACAAAAAGUAUCAGCUGGCCGUCACCAAGGUGUUUGGGCGCUACAGGAAUGCCAUUGUGGUGUCUUCAGAGAAGGUGGCCAGAAACUGCAUCCGCUCCGUCAAGGAGAAGAGGGCCGAGCCAGAGACCUUCCUACCCAUAAACUACCUGGACGUGAGUAAGUGGACACAGAAAGAGAGAUUGUUUAUAGGCCCACUCCUUCAUUUGAAAACCCCAAAAACCAGCAGCUCCACUAAGUUUGCUAUGAAGCUGAGGGACGGUCCUGGAGAAAUGUAACCAGAACUACCUACACCUAACAACAGAGGCUUUGAUUAACACACACACACACCUCACUGAGCCUGUCCUCUCUCCCUGUCCCUCCCCAGAUGAGCCCACUGAAUGAAUGUCUGCGGGAGGUAGGUGGAGCAAAGAUAAUGGUGGACGUGGCGCAGUGUUCCCCCACCGCCCCCCAUCUGAAGAAGGUCUUCCAGUUUGUGUGUGGUCAUCCAGUUUGUGUGAUACUUAAAGAGGCCCGAGCCAUCACCUUCGACGGGCCUGAAAGACUCAAGGUGACUUAGUCAGCCAGUCAGUCAGUCAGUCAUUCAGCUUGCUUGAGGGCUUCAGUUUGAGCAGGGCGACGAUGCAGAUCUCCCUAAUCUUGAUCACAUAAUGAAAAGUUAUUUGGGAUGCAAAGUGACAUGUAGGUCAGUGAUUCUAUGCAGUCGGACUGCAAUGUAGUCAAUCUCAAACACGCACAAUUAGUCAGCCAGCCAGUAAGUGUUACCCCCAUCCACUUCACUUAUGGUUGCACCCACUGCUACUUGUAGUCCUGGUAGCAACCUUAAUUGUUCAAUACAGACGGUGGCUCUGGACGGUACCAUGUUCUCCAAGUCGGGGGUGAUCUCUGGGGGCUCCACCUACGUGCAGAGCAAGGCCUGGCGCUGGGACGAGAAGGACAUGACCAAGCUGAAGGAGCUCAAAUAACAGCCUACUGCAGAGCUACGCGUGAGUCUGCACACAGUCACACAUGUUCAGCAAGGUUGACAUAAAAACAUAUAUAAUAGAGUAAAAUACUGUAGUGUGAUAUUGUGCAUGAGUAGAAGGCACUUCAUUUUUUUGGGUAUCUGAAUUAUUAAUCGCUAAACUACUCAUUCUCUAUGCCGCGAAGAGUAUAAUUUUUGUGAUCAACCUUGGAGGGGAGGAGGUGGGGAAAAAUAUCUAGACUUUUUGUAACUUUCUUAACCCUUGUUUUUCCAGUUCAUGUGUCACGUGACAGGGUCUAGAGAAGCUGAAGCGUAAGGAGUCGGAGCUGAAACAGAUCCAGUCUCAGGCCCAGGAGGUUCUGACCUGUUUGAAGUGCUCCCACACUGAACUGAACACCCUCCGCAAGAAGAGCAUCCCCAACUGCCACGCUGUAAACUAACUUAACACUUACUGACGCUAACCACAUACCACAACUUCUACUGUCCACACAACUGUAACUAACCACACUGUAUGCAUCGUCACCACCGCUGUUACUGUCAGAAUGGAAUAACCUCCUAAGAUCAACCAUCUUUGUCAGGUUUGAAAAUAACUUCUGGUUGGAGAAUUCCCAGAAUCAGGAGGGAAUAAGCAGGAAGGACAUUCUCUCAACGGGGCAUCCUCCAUCCAGUAUUUCUGAAAAAAUAUUGAUAUUUUGCAACCCUAGUUAUAAUCAGACAUUAAUUGAAUGUGUGUCACUCCCUGCUGGAGAUAUCUCCCCUGCAGGCUGAGCUGGCCAAUGUGGAGACUCAGAAGGAGAUGCAGAAGGAGAACAUGGAGGUGAAGGAGCUGGAGUUGAAGAAGCUCAAGACAGAUCAACCAGGUCAGGACUUACUGCUACCAAGACUAUUUAGAAUGAUGUCUAAAUCAAGGCAGACACCUAUUAUUGGUGGCAUAGCUAACACAAACACAACCAAGUAUUUAUAAUAUGGCACUGCCAUAGAGUAGGAAAGUUCUGCCUACUAUGUCUAUGGGACCAGGUUAGUAGUCAUGUUGUUGUUAUUAUUCUGUGUUAAGAUGGAUGAUGUGGUGUUCUCAGACUUCUGUGCUGAGAUAGGAGUGGCCAACAGAGAGUACGAGCAGCAGCAUCUCAAACAGCAGCAGGACGUCGACAGGAAACGGUACUGGACUGGACCUCAGUUUAUCCAUCUCCCCAUAUAGCAUACAUAUAUGGUCUAUGGAACGAUGAUGCUAACAAGUUUAUAUGCAACACUGUACCUCUUGUCCUGUUUCUCUCAGCUAACUACAAGGCAGUUUGAUUGUAUGCUUAUUAUAGCAUACUUGUUCUUAUACGAUGUAUAUUGUUGGCAAAUAUUAUUUAAAGAUUCUCGCCAUCUCCCCCUCUCCCUCAUCUUUUUCUGUCACUGCCUGAAUCUAAUCACCCCCCCCCCCCCCCCCCCCUCUUUUCCCUCCCCCUCUCCCAGGGAGUUUGAGUCUCAGCGGACCCAUCUGAAAGCUCAGUUGGAGUACGAACAGGGUCAGCUGGAGCAGCAGAGGAAGAAGAUGAGGAAACCGUCACCAAGGAGCAGAGCAGAGUGGAAGGGCAGAAAAAGGCAAAACACACCUUUUCUCCUCCAGUCUCUCCCUUUCUCCACUUCCCGCUCAUGUUAUAUCCGUACUUCCUUCCUUCCUUCCUUCCUUCCUUCCUUCCUUCCUUCCUUCCUUCCUUCCUUCCUUCCUUCCUUCCUUCCUUCCUUCCUUCCUUCCUUCCUUCCUUCCUAUCUCCACAUCAGCUUCUCAAGUCUUCCUCUAAAACCACACUGAAUGUAAUCACCCUGUUGUGUUGUUCUCUUUUGUCUCCACUAGGAGGAGGAGAAGCUGCUGGUGGUGGUGGAGGAGGAGAGACAGUUUAAAGUGUUGGAUCUGAAGAACAGGUUGCUGGGGAAGAAGACCCAGGCCGCUGAAUCCAAGGCCCAGGUGGACCUUCAGAAGAGUUCCAGGUACUGCAAAUCAAUGAAUUAAUCAACCUAUCAAUCAAAUGUAUAGAUAUAUAUGUAUUUUUUUUUUUACAGUAACUAGGUACAGCAACUGGCUGUUCUACUGCUCAUUGCCCUCUCUCUCCAUUUCUCUUAAUUCCGGUCGGUCUCCUUUUCGCUUCCCUACCUCUCUUAUCUUUCACUCCACCUUCUUCUCUUCUCCCCUCUGUCAGAGAGCUGAUGAAGCUGCAGAGGGAGGUGAUCUCAGCAGAUACAGCACUGGAGCAGUUGAGGAUCUGGAAACAACCUGCUGCUGGGCUGUAAGAUCCAGUGCCUGCCCAUCACUCUGCUGUCUGGCAGCAUGGACGAGAUCUGCGAGGUGCAGGUAGGACAGCACAGAAACGGAGGGAGGGAGACAGAGGUAGAGAGAGAGACAACAGGGCUGUGUUGAAGUUCUCCAUUCUUGUUUUUUUGUGUGUUAUUUUUGUGCUGAAUGUGUAUUGUAUUUACAUUUGUUUUUCCACAGUGCCAAUGUUCUCAUGCGUGUAAGACAAAUUCCCUCUCAAGGGCAAAGAAAGUUCUAUCUCUAUGUCUGAUUGACUGCUCUGGUCUUGGUAGCUGGACUCAGUCACUCACAGAGAGCACCUGCACCACUAUGGACAUCUAUGAGAGAGGCUCUGAUGGUCAUAGACUACUCUGGCCUGGGAGUAGAGCUGAAGGUAGACCUCAUUAAAGAGACAGUCUCCUCUCUAGAGGGGGUCCUACAGCAUUCCAUAGCACCCAACCUCAAAGACCUGGAGAAGAUGAGGGAGGUCAAAGACAAGUUCCAGGGGGCGGUGGAC